GUCAAAGGUCAGCCUGGUGGACCCCUGAGAUGGGGGGGGCUGAAGUUGGGGAGGCCCAUGUCAGUCAGUUCUGACCUAUGCCCCUUCCCCCACCCCUUUUCCUCCCCAGGGUCUUCAAGAAAUCAAGUCCCAACUGCAAGCUCACUGUCUAUCUUGGCAAGCGUGACUUUGUGGAUCACCUGGACCGGGUGGACCCUGUGGAUGGAGUGGUGCUGGUGGACCCCGAGUACCUGAAGGAUCGGAAAGUGUUUGUGACUCUGACCUGCGCUUUCCGCUAUGGGCGUGAGGACCUGGAUGUGCUGGGCCUAUCGUUCCGCAAAGACCUUUUCGUCGCCACGUGCCAGGCUGUGCCCACCCUGCCUCAGGAGCAGUGCUCCCCCACCCGCCUGCAGGAGCGGCUGCUGCCCCAGCUGGGAGCCCAUGCCCACCCCUUCUCCUUCACGAUCCCGCAGAAUCUGCCCUGCUCAGUCACGCUGCAGCCUGGCCCAGAGGACACAGGCAAGGCCUGUGGGGUUGAUUAUGAGAUCCGAGCUUUUUGUGCCAAAUCCCUAGAAGAAAAGAUUCAUAAAAGGAACUCAGUGCGCCUGGUGAUUCGAAAGGUGCAGUACGCUCCAGAGAAGCCGGGCCCCCAGCCCAUGGCAGAGACCACCCGACACUUCCUGAUGUCUGACCGGUCCCUCCACCUCGAGGCUUCACUGGACAAGGAGCUCUAUUACCACGGGGAGCCCAUCAGCGUGAAUGUGCAUGUCACCAACAACUCCAGCAAAAGCGUCAAGAAAAUCAAAGUCUCAGUGCGGCAAUACGCAGACAUCUGCCUCUUCAGCACCGCCCAGUACAAGUGUCCAGUGGCUCAGAUCGAGCAAGAUGACCAGGUGUCACCCAGCUCCACAUUCUGCAAGGUGUACACACUCACACCACUGCUGAGCCAGAACCGGGAGAAGCGGGGCCUGGCACUCGAUGGGAAACUCAAGCACGAGGACACCAACCUGGCCUCUAGCACCAUAGUCAAGGAGGGGGCGAACAAGGAGGUUCUGGGGAUCUUGGUCUCAUACCGUGUUAAAGUGAAGCUGGUUGUGUCCCGGGGAGGGGAUGUGUCUGUGGAGCUGCCCUUCGUGCUGAUGCACCCAAAGCCCCCUGAGCAGUUUGCAUUGACACGGCCCCAGUCAGUUGUCCCAGAGGCAGACACACCUGUUGACACGAACCUCAUCGAAUUUGAAACCAACUACGGCCAAGACGACGACAUAGUUUUUGAGGAUUUCGCCCGCCUGCGGCUCAAGGGAGUCAAGGAUGACAAGGACGACGACCAUUUCUGAUUGGGGGGGGUAGGGGCUGCAUUGCUGCCCCCCAGGGGCCUGGCCUGUGCUAGGGGGUGGAUUUUAACGGUGUCUGCCUGGGCUUUUUAAUGCUAGCCCCUGCAAUGAGGGGGCUCCCUCCCCAUCCCAUCUCACUGCUGUAGGGCCCUAACCCAAACUGGGGUCUCGCUUGGGGAGGUCCCCAUCUCCCCUCCCCCAGGAGAUUUUUAACCUUGCUAAGCUCUGUAAGGGGUUGCCCCUCUGCUCCUGGGGCAGGGGCAACUUCCCCCCUCAUAACUGCUCAGGGGGGACCCUGAGCAGCCCUACCUCCCAUUAAAGCACUGGACCCCCUCCCUGGGCAUUACUGCUGCUUGAUCGCCUGCCAUCUUCUUAUGUACAUGGUUUUUUAAAAUUGUUUUAAUCUGUGGGGUCCUGCCCCUCCUCUGCUCCACAAGCCCUGAGGCUGCUGGGAUCCCAAAUGGGGACCCAAGGUGGUCCUGCCUGGGAGCUGCAGCUGUGUGCGCUGUCUGUUGGGAUUGCAGGGGAUGGAGUUGUGGCUCUUGUGCUAUAGCCAUGUGUGACAUGGGGCAGGGGGCUAAGGCUGAGCAAUGGGCACAAGUAAAGAAAAUAUCAACCAGU